ACGAGGUGUGAGUGGGGCUGUGCGCACUUUCUUUUCCACUCCCGCUGACUGGAUCGGUCGAGUUCCCGAGCCACAGUCCACAUGACCUCCUCCAGGCCCCCUUGGGUCGUGGCAACGGCCAUGGCGCCGCUACUGCUGCUGGUGAUGUGUUAUGCGGCCGUGGCCCAAAUAGAGGAGGAGGCCAUCUCCAACACACUCACAGCAGCGGACAUCAUCAGCCUCGGGGAUGAAGACAAUGACAUGAUCGUCGGCGUCGCUGGCACCGACUACCCAACUUACGCCCAGGUUCCCGACACUUCCUUCAGAUGCGAGGACCAGGUGUCACCUGGUUACUACGCCGACCCGGAAACCCAAUGUCAAGUGUUUCACAUUUGUGUGGCUUACCAAGAGCAGCGGUUGCGACAAUACUCUUUCCUCUGUCCUAACGGUACUGUCUUCAGCCAGCAAUACUUUGUAUGUGUCUGGUGGUACGACUUUGACUGCUCCCUUGCUGUUUCCUUCUACGACACCAAUACAGAGAUUUUCGCUGAAUUCCCUGCCGCUGCACCCUCUUCUGUCCAGCGAGGCACUUCACUACCUGCUGAGGGAGCACUCGCGACGGCUGGACUGCUUGGUUUGCGUGGUUCACAGUCUGGUGGUUUGACUGAUGAAGGUUCUGCAGCACCUAGAAGAUUUACAAAUCCAUCAUCAGAACAACCAAGAUUUUUAAAUCAACAGUCAGGUGAAUCUGGCGAACAGCAGAGCGCUUCGCACGACUCCCAAGGUGGAGUGGUCUCGCCAUCAGCUAGCUUUGCUAGAGAGAUGCCUCAAAAUAACUUCGACUUGUCCAAUUUUCAGAAAAAUACAUUAGGGCAAGAUGCGAUUGGUGCUAAUCCUGGAGACGAUAAAAUCCCACAAAGAACAGACCAGAGGCGAAGGGAAUUUGGUCAGGGGACCGGUAUAGAAGACAGCCGCAGCCUGAAUGAAGAUUACUCGAAAGGAGGAAGUAAUGAUAGCUAUAAGGAAGAAAGCCUUCUUUUAGGUGAUUCAAGUAGUCAUGAUGGACAAGAUGCUAAACAAGGUCAAUUCCAAGAAUUAAGACAAAAUGAAAAGGAUUACAGCACAACACAGAUAUCUGGAGGACGUGGAUCAGGACAAAGUCGUAGCUCUGAGCAAUCUAAAACAGAAACAAGUCAAAAUCCGUUGGUUCUUGGUUCAAGUCAAGAUGAAAGCCUUGGCCUUGAUCAAAGACAGCCUGAUUUUGCUGAAGUGGAAGAAAAAUAUGCUUCUACUCAGCAAGUCGGGCAAGGGCAGCCAGAAUUUGGCUCUCCUCAGGAACAACAAGAACUUGAUUUCACUCAAGUGCAGGCAGGAUUCGACUCUACUCGAGGGCAAGUAGGAUCCGAUUUUCCUCAAAGACAACCAGGAUUCGAUUCAACUCAAGAGCAACAAAAAUAUGACACCACCCAAGGACUUGACUCCAGUCAAGGGCAAGCAGGUCUUGAUAUCACAAGAGGACAGUCAGGUUUUGAUUCCAUUCGAAAGCAACAAAAGUAUGGUUCGACUCAAAGCCAAACAACAUAUGAUUCCACUCAAGGACAAGUAGGAUUCGGCUCCUCUCAAGGGCAAGCAGAAUUCGACUCCACUCAAGGGCAAGCAGGAUUCGACUCCACUCAAGGGCAAGCAGGAUUCGACUCCACUCAAGGGCUAGAACAAUAUGAUUCAACACAAGGUCAAGCAGGAUUCGACUCCACUCAAGGGCAAGCAGGAUUCGACUCCACUCAAGGGCAAGCAGGAUUCGACUCCACUCAAGGGCAAGCAGGAUUCGACUCCACUCAAGGGCAAACAGGAUUCGACUCCACUCAAGGGCAAGCAGGAUUCGACUCCACUCAAGGGCUAGAACAAUAUGAUUCCACUCAAGGGCAAGCAGGAUUCGACUCCACUCAAGGGCUAGAACAAUAUGAUUCCACUCAAGGGCAAGCAGGAUUCGACUCCACUCAAGGGCAAACAGGAUUCGACUCCACUCAAGGGCAAACAGGAUUCGACUCCACUCAAGGGCAAACAGGAUUCGACUCCACUCAAGGGCAAACAGGAUUCGACUCCACUCAAGGGCAAACAGGAUUCGACUCCACUCAAGGGCAAGCAGGAUUCGACUCCACUCAAGGGCAAACAGGAUUCGACUCCAUUCAAGGGCAAGCAGGAUUCAACUCCACUCAAGGGCUAGAACAAUAUGACUCCACUCAAGGGCAAGCAGGAUUCGACUCCACUCAAGGGCUAGAACAAUAUGACUCCACUCAAGGGCAAGCAGGAUUUGACUCCACUCAAGGGCUAAAACAAUAUGACUCCCCUCAAGAGCAAGCAGGAUUCGACCCCGCUCAAGGGCAAGCAGGAUUCGAUUCCACUCAAGGUCUAGAAGAAUAUGACUCCACUCAAGGGCAAGCAGGAUUCGAUUCUAGUCAAAAGCAAGCAGGAUCCGACACCAGCCAAGGGCAGGCAGGAUUCGACUUCACUCAAGGGCAAGCAGGAUUCGACUCCACUCAAGGGCAAAGAGGAUUCGACUCCACUCAAGGGCAAGCGGGAUUCGACUUCACUCAAGGGCAAUCAGGAUUCGACUCCACUCAAGGGCAAGCAGGAUUCGAUUCCACUCAAGGGCAAUCAGGAUUUGACUCCACUCAUGGGCAAUCAGGAUUUGACUCCACUCAUGGGCAAGCAGGAUUCGACUCCACUCAAGGGCAAGCAGGAUUCGACACCACUCAAGGGCAAGAAGGAUUCGAUACCACUCAAGGCCAAGCAGAAUUCGACUCCACUCAAGUGCAAGCAGGAUUUGACUCCACUCAGGGGCAAGCAGGAUUUGACUCCACUCAAGGACAAGAAGGAUUCGAUUCCACUCAAGGACUACAAGAAUAUGAUUCCACUCAAGGGCAAGCAGGAUUCGACACCACUCAAGGGCAAGAAGGACUCGACACCACUCUAGUGCAGGCAGGAUUCGACUCCACUCAAGGGCAAGCAGAAUUCGACUCCACUCAAGGGCUACAAAAAAAUUACUCAACUCAAGGACUUGGAUUUAGUUCCACUCUACGGCAAGCUGAAUUCGAUUCUACUAAAGGACAAACCAGGAUUGAUUCCACUCAAGGGCAAUCAGCAUUUGAUUCUACACAAGGGCAAAAAGAAUAUGGCAACACUCAAAUACAAACAAACAUCGAUUCCACUCAAGUGCAAGAAGGAUUUGAUUCGAUUCAAGGCCAAACGGAGCUCAAUUUCACUCCAACGCAAAAAGAAUAUGGAUACAAUCAAGAACAAACAGGAUUUGAUUCUAGUCAAGGACAGUCAGGAUUCGAUUACACUCAAGAACAAACAGGAUUCGAUUCUACUCAAAGAGAAACAGGAACUCAAGGACAAGCAGAGUUCGAUUCUAUUCAAGAACAAAUAGGAUUCGAUUCCACUAAAGAACAAAUAGGAUUUGAUUCUACAGUAGGCCAACCAGGAUUCGAUUCCAGUCAAGGACAAAUAGGAUUACACUCCAAUCAAGGACAAGCAGGAAUCGAUUCCACUCCAGGGCAAAAGGAAUACAGCUCCACUCAAAGGGAAAUGGGAUUCGAUUCCAUCCAAGGACAAACAGAAGUUGAUUCCACUCAAGGACAAGCAGAAUUUGAUUCUAGUCAAGGACAACAGGAAUAUAGCUCUACUCAAGGACAAACAGGAUUCGAUUCUGUUCAAGAACAAACAGGAUUCGAUUCCGCCCAAGGACAAACAGGAUUCGAUUCCACUCAAGGACAAACAGGAUUCGAUUUCACUCAAGGACAAACAGGAUUCGAUUCCACUCAAGGACAAACAAGAUUCGAUUCCACUCUAGGUCAAACAGGAUUCGAUUCCACCCAUGGACAAACAGAAUUCCAUUCCACUCAAGAACAAACAGGAUUUGAUUCCACCUAUGGACAAACAGGAUUUGAUUCCACCCAUGGACAAACAGGAUUUGAUUCCACUCAUGGAAAAACAGAAUUUGAUUCCACCCAUGGACAUACAGGAUUCGAUUCCACCCAAGGACAAACAGGAAUUGAUUCCACUCAAGGGCAAACAGGAUUUGAUUCCACCCAUGGACAAACAGGAUUCGAUUCCACCCAUGGACAAACAGGAUUCGAUUCCACCCAAGGACAAACAGGAUUCGAUUCCACCCAUGGACAAACAGGAUUUGAUUCCACCCAAGGACAAACAGGAUUCGAUUCCACCCAAGGCCAAAUAGUAUUCGAUUCCACUCAAGAACAAACAGGAUUCGACUCCAUUCAAGGAAAAACAGGAUUCGAUUCCACUCAAGAGCAACAGGAAUACAGCUCUACUCAAGGACAAAUAAGACUUGAUUCCACUCAAGGAGAAACAGGAUUCGAUUUCACUCAGGGACAAACAGGAAUCGAUUCCAUUCAAGAACAAACAGGACUCGAUUCCAUUGAAGGACAAACAGGACUUGAUUCCAUUCAAGGACAAGCGGAAUUCGACUCCAUUCAAAGACAAACAGAAUUAGAUUCCAAUCAGGGACAAGCAGUAUUUGAAAAUCUUCACGAGCAAACAGGACUCCACUCCACUGAAGGGCAAACAGGAUUUGUCUCCACUAGAGAACAAACAGGAUUUGACUCAUCUCAAAGAAAAGGAUUCGACUCUGAGUAUAACGAAGCAGGAUUUGAUUCCACUAAAGGGCAAGUUGACUUUGUUGCUAUACGAGGGCAAGGAGUGAUUGGUUCUACUCAAGGCCAGACAGAUUUUGCUUCUAUACAAGAGCAAAAAGAAUUCAGUUCCACACAAGAGCAAGUGGGAUUCGACACCACUGAAGAGCAACUAGGAUCUGACUUUUCUCAGAAACAAGAUGAAUAUAAAUCAACUAAAGGGCAAACAGAAUUUGAUCCUCCUCAGACCCAAACCGAAUUCGACACUAGUCAAGCACGAUUCGACUCCACUCAAGAACAAACAUUCGACACAAACCAAGGUCAAGCAGGAGUUGACUCUACAAACUAUGAAAGACUCAGGUUAACUUCAGAAUUUGGUUCCAUUAGAGGGCAAGAACUCGAUCCCACUCAAGAGCAAUCAGGAUUCAGCACCAUUAAAGAACAAACAGGAUUCGUCUCAACUCAAGGACAAGCAGGAUUCGACACCAGUCAAGAACAAGCAGGAUUCUUUUCUACGCAAGGACAAGGGGUAUCCGACUCUUCUCAAGAACAAGGUGUAUUCGACUCCACUCAAGCACAAAAAGGACAUAAGUACACUCAAGGACAAGAGUUUGAUUCUAUUCAAGGACAACAAUUCCAUUCCACUCAAGAGCAAGGAUCUGACUCCACUCAAGGACAAGGAUUCAACAUCCCUCAAGGACAAGGAUUCGACUCUACUCAAGGACAAGAAUUCGACGUCACUCAAGGACAAGAAUUCGACGUCAUUCAAGGACAAGGAUUCGACUCCACUCAAGGACAAGAACUCGAUUCCACCCAAGGAGAAGGAUUUGACGUUGCCCAGGGACAAGGAUUCGACUCCACUCAAGGACAAGGAUUCGACGUCACUCAAAGACAAGCAGGAAUUGAUUCCACUAAAGGACAAACAGAACUGGGCUCUCUUCAGCUGAUUGGACAUUCUGAUUCCAUUCAAGGACAAGCAGGAUACGAUGGCACUCGAGAGCAAGUGGGAUUUGAUUCCGCUCAAAGGACGGCAGGAUACGACUCCACUCAAGGAGUAACAGGAUUUGAUUCUAAUCAAAAGCAAACAGAAUUUGGCUCUGUUCAAAGCCACGCAGACUCUGCUGCUUAUCAAGGGCAAAGAGGACUCGACUCUAUCCAAGGAGAAAGGGAAUCUGGUUCAACUGAAAAUCAAGAAUAUGGGACAAAUAAGAUUGUAGAUGGUAAAGACGAUUUAUUGGUAACAGAUGAGCAGAAUGGAACUGGAGUGGAAGGUAGCCAGUUUAGUCCUGGUGAGGCACCUGACCAAGUACAAGAAACACUAGGAUCUCUUUCAAAUCAAGCUCAGUCUUCCUUCCAUUCUGAUCAACCUCAAGAUGUAAACACAGACUCUAACUUGGCAGGGAAAGAGAAUAUGAGUCAAUUUGUGGUUAGGGAAGGCCAACAGACACAGCGACAGGAAGGGGAGGGGUACAGGUACCCUGUACCUACCACGAUUCUUUCUCCUGAGACAGGACCACUCUUCGACUUUUCUCUCGACCUUGGAACCAAUGUGCAGUCAAAUAGCUUAAACAAGCCGAUGAACGUGAGGAGUGAAAUUGGCGGCGACAGCCAAGGUCUUCUUAAUGACGCCAGACAAUCUGAAAAUGACGUUCUGCUCAUAGUUGGUCCUGACGCAGGAAGCCAGCAAGUAGUUUCCAACACUGGACCUCACGACAACACCAUCGUCGCCAUCCACGACACCUCUACCUCUGGCAACCUCGGUACCACCGCUACUCUCCUUCAUGACACCUUAACAACAACUCAUCAUGACACUGUAUCCACAGGUCAUGGCUCCAUUCCCUGCCCUUAUGACACCACCAGCAACACACAUCUGCAUAACACUGCCACCAGUGCACAAGACACAGUUAGCGGCACCCUUGACACCAUUACCACUACUACUGGCAGUGUUGGUCUCACUGCUGUGCAUACUCCAAGUAACACCUUGGUAGGAGAGGGAAAUGUACAUGGAGAUGAGGGGUUUCUGGUCCGGUCUCAGCAUGAUAGCCAGGGUCAGGUAAGUCAUAGUCAGAUUAUUCGAGAUCAGGCCACUCAUGGGCAAGACAAAAAUAUUCAGGACACACAUGGUCAAGAUCAAAACAUUCAAAGUCAGUUCACUGGAUUACUGGGCAGCUAUGAUUCUCUGAGCUCAAAUAAACUUGGUUUGGCUCCCCAGACUCAUAUGAACAUGGCUAACCAAGACCAAGGAGAAGCACGCAACAAACAGAACCAGAAUUUACCAGAUCAAGGGCACACAAUCAAUAGUCAGACACAGCAAGGGCAGUUUUUAACAGGCCAGAGACAAAUUUUUACCAGUCAGGGCCAGGAGCAAACAUACAACAGUCAGGGACAGGGGCAGCUCCUAAUAGAGCAGGAACAGACACACAGCGGUCAGGGGCAGCUCCUAAUAGAGCAGGAACAGAUACACAGCGGUCAGGGGCAGCUUCUAAUAGAGCAGGAACAGACACACAGCGGUCAGGGGCAGCUUCUAAUAGAGCAGAAACAGACACACAACGGUCAGGGGCAGCUCCUAAUAGGGCAGGAACAGAUACACAACGGUCAGGGGCAGCUUCUACUAGGGCAGGAACACUCACACAUCGAUCAGGGGCAGGUCCUAAUAGAGCAGGAACAGACACACAGCGGUCAGGGGCAGGUCCUAAUAGGGCAGGAACAAACACACAGCGGUCAGAGACAGCUCUUAACAGGACAACAACAGACACACAGCGGUCAGGGGCAGCUUCUAAUAGGGCAGGAACAAACACACAGCGGUCAGGGACAGCUCUUAACAGGACAACAACAGACACACAGAGGUCAGGGGCAGCUCCUAACAGGACAGCAACAGAUAUACAGUAGACAAGGACAAACAGAUAACAGUUUGAGGCAGAUCGUAGAUGGUCAGGGACAAACACGCAUCAGUGAGGAUCAAGCACUUGACAUUCAGGGACAGCUUGUACCAAGUCAGGGACAAACAGAACAAAUAUCUAUCAACCAGGGUCAGCUUGUAAUAAGUCAAGCACUAAAUGAGCAAACAUUUCAGAGCCAGGGACAUUUUGUAACAGGUCAGGGAGAAACGAAACAAAGAGAUAGUCAUGGACAAACACUUGACAUUGUAAAAGAUAUCUCAGCAGGGGAGGGACAAACACGCAGCAACCAGGGACAGCUUGUAGCACAGGGAGAAGUACACAGCAGUCAGGAACAAAUGUUGACCGGUAGUGUCAACCAAGUCAGCAGUGGGGAGGGAGUGGAGGAUUAUUCCCACACCAGUCCUAUCCAGAGCAGUGAGGGGUCAGAAUUCCUUGCGGAUGAUGGUACAAACAAUCUCCCAUCCGGAAGUGACACCAAGUCUCCUAGCGAUUUUAUGAUUUCGCUGGAGUUCACGCCCCCAACGAAGGAGUAUCUUCCACCUGACAACAGCGAUGGAGGCUCUCAGGAUGUGUUGCUUGUAACUCGUGAUCCGUCGACAAUUGGCGUGCAGUUGCCAGGGUUACCAGGCUCCAGCAUUACUGCCUUUACUCAGCAAGCUGCCACUCAGCAACAGCAACAGCAACAACAACAACAACAACAACAACAACAACAACAACAACAACAACAACAACAACAACAACAACAACAACAACAACAGGAAGUGUUUAGUCCUCCAAAGCAACAGAGUGUGGCUCCGCCCAUUGAUCUGCAGGCCCUGCUGUUUGGUUACCUACCUCCUUCAAAGGAAGACAUGCACACCAGCACUGCUGCUUCCUUGUCCUCCUCCUCCUCCUCCUCCUCCUCCUCCUCGUCGUCGUCGUCGUCCUCCUCACCAAUUUCUACUUCCUCUGUAGGGACUUCAGGUGGUUCCACCUCAACUUUUCCAGCUUCAUCAUCUACAUCAUCUAACUCCCUUAGUUCUUCAGCGACCCUAAAAUUCCCCGUUUCUUCAGUAGCUUCAAGUUUGUCAACAGGAGCACCAAGCUUACCCAGCUCGUCUACAGAGGGUUCAGGUUCUACAUUAGGAAUCUCAAACUUACUCACUUCUUCCACAGGAGUGCCACGCCCACCAAUUUCUUUUACGGGAGGUUCCAGACCCUCUACUUCUUCACGAACUUCCAACUUCUUCAGUUCUUCCUCAGCAGCCUCAAAAUCGCACAGCCCUUCCGGGGGAUCAAGCUUCACUUCUUCAAGAUAUUCACACUUCCUUAGUUCUAACGCUGGAUCGCCACGCGUACCGCAAUCUUCGGGAGAUUCUAGUUUAUCCACCUCUUCAAAAACUUCGAACUUCUUUACUUCUUCAUCAGGUAUUUCAAGUUUCUCCAGACUUCCAGGAUCCACUAGUUUCACAGUGCCAUUGUCAUCUUCUCCGCAUCUUUCCGCUGCUCAGCCAGUCUAUCCUGGUGCCCCGGCAAGACUGUCACCGUCAUCAUCAUUCACUAUCUCCCCAGCCGUACUGUCAUCAUCAGUAUUAAUGUCACCACCCCCCAUGGUUUCACCGUCACUCCACACAGCUACAGGAGGCUUUAGUGGAAAUAGCGGAGACAGGAAAGCUACAAAGCUCAUGGCGGUGCCUUUAGAAAAGCAUUAUUCUCGUACAGGAACAGAGAGCCUUCGAAACACUCGUCACAUUAAGAACAACAAAGACCAAAACAAGAUUUACGUCACACCAUUGCCUCGAUUAGCGUUCCGACCUCGCUAUUCGUCUCUACAAGAAUCCACCACCAGUAGAAGAUUUAGACCUUCAGCGCAGGUUGUUCCCAGCAUGAAUCCUCAAGAGUUUAGACCCAAAACGCCACUGAAUUCCUACGGACGAAUAUUUUUCCCAUCCCCUGAUAAUAAUCCCCGCACCCAGUACACUCGCAGGGUUUCAUGGAAAUCCCAUGCUGGAAGGCAAACAUAACUAACUUCAUACUCCUUAUAACGUUGCCAAUCCUCCGAGUAGUAUUAGCAUUAUUGAGUUGUGUAAUUGUGAUGAUUAACGCGAACUCACCGUGUAUAUUAGUGUUAAUGAUGUGUGAUACCUAACCCGGGCGUGGUGCUGAGCACUGCCUAGCUACCCAGUCUUUCACGGCGGAGUCCUUGUCUGACGUUACCGAAGCUUUCUGUCUGUCCAUAAAUUAUUAACCCAGUGGUGCCCUGACGGGCUCCCUCGUGGCGGGCCAGCGGGAGCCUUGCAGUGUGUGCGCGGAUGGCCCUGGCUGCCCCACGUGCUCGCCUGCUUCAUGUGCACUCCUUCAUCAGUGUUGUGAAUUAAAAGUUUGGUUUUAUACGAAA